AGAAUAUGAAACAGGAGCCAAAAUGACAUCCCGAUUUGGAAAGACCUACAGCCGGAAAGGGGGAAACGGCAGUUCCAAGUUUGAUGAAGUGUUUUCCAACAAACGGACCACCCUGAGUACAAAAUGGGGAGAAACCACCUUCAUGGCCAAAUUAGGACAGAAGAGGCCCAGUGUCAAACCAGAUAUUUCCGAAGUUCCUAAAAGACCCAAAGUUGAAGAUGAGGUAACAGAGGAUCCAUUUGGAUUUGACAGUGAUGAAGAAUCUCUUCCUGUGUCUUCAAAGAAUGUGGCACAGGCUAAAAGCUCCUCUCAGCUGGAACCCGGUGAAGCUGCUCAGUCUGAGGACUUCACUCCUCUACUUGAAGCUAACAGCAGAAUUAAUCAGCCAGACAGUGGAGAAAAUGUUGCAUCCAGCAAGUGCAUACCUUUUGACAAUACUGUUCCUCUCUUAAAAGAAAAGAGCACAAGCAAAAACAUGGAAGAUGGAGAAUGCAAGGGCAGCAGUGCUAAACUUGCAGCUGCAGAUAAAAUCCAGAAUUUGAAUGAAGAUAAUGAGAACAGUCAUUUCAUCUAUGGGAAUGCCGAAGACAGUAACAAAACCAAUGCUGAGACUACAGACACUUCUGGAUGCAACAUUGAAGCCAAGGACUUGACUGAUUCUUGGGACUCCCACAUGGGGAAAACAGCAGACUCUCCAUCAGAAACAUCUCAGACCAAGGGGCCAUUAAGAACUCACUUGUACGAAUGGGAGGAUGAAAGUGAAGACACCAGAACUGGAGAGUAUAUAUUAGCUUUUGACAAUGAACAUCUCUCAGAGAUGAAGAGCAAGGAUGAGGAGGGUGAUAAAGAAGAUAGUGAAAAUCCAAAGGAAGCCAUUAGUGAAGAACUUGUGCAAACUAUUCCUAGGCCAAGCAACUGUAGGACAUACUGUCGAUCCAACAAAGCGAAACUGCAGGGGGCAACGAAUUUUGACAAGCUGAUGGAUGGCACUAGUCAGUCUUUAUCCAAAGCAAACAAUGAGUCAAAUAAUGAUGGUCUGAACCCAGGCAAAAAAGUUUCUUUGAGUAGUGGGACCAGUUUUAGAGGGACGGUGGGACGGACUAGAGACUACACUGUUCUCCAUCCAUCUUGCUUGUCAGUUUGUAACGUUACCAUCCAGGAUACCAUGGAGCGCAUCGAUGAAUUCACCACGGCAGCCCCGACUGACCUGGGAGAAGCUGGACGCUUGAGGAAAAAGGCAGACAUUGCCACCACAAAAACCACGACCAGGUUCCGACCCAGCAAUACCAAAUCCAAAAAGGAUGUCAAAUUAGAGUUUUUUGGGUUUGACGAUCAAGACGAGGGAGGGGGAGAUGAAGGCGCCUCUAGAAGUUCUGGGAGUUCCAAUUACAAAAUCAAGUACUUUGGGUUUGAUGACUUAAGUGAAAGCGAGGAUGAAGAUGAAGAGUGGCAGGUGGCAGAAAGGAAGGCUAACAAAAAACGAAGUAGAACUGUACCAUCUUCUUCACUACAGUCAACCUCUGAGGGCAAUGAAAACUGUUCCCAGGACAGCCAGCUCAGUACUAAUGCAGAUCUGGAGUUUUCAGAGGAUGCAUCUGGUGUGCUUGAAGGCAAUAAGAAAUCCACAAAUAAACAAGGUGAUAAAUCUAAGGAAAACACCAGGAAGAUUUUUAGUGGGCCAAAGCGGUCUCCCACAAAAGCUGUGUAUAAUGCUAGACACUGGAACCAGCCAGAAUCAGAGGCUCUGCCAGCACCACCAGCUUUGAAAACUCCCAGUGUCCCAUUAUACACUGUUGUUCAGCAUGUAAAGCACUUCAAUGAUGUAGUGGAAUUUGGUGAAAAUCAAGAGUUCACAGAUGAUAUUGAGUACUUGCUAAGUGGAUUGAAGAGCAAUCAACCCCUAAACACACGUUGCCUUAGUGUAAUCAGCUUGGCGACCAAGUGCGCCAUGCCCAGCUUCCGAAUGCAUCUGCGAGCACACGGGAUGGUAGCCAUGGUUUUCAAAACACUGGAUGAUUCCCAACACCACCAGAAUUUGUCCCUUUGUACAGCAGCUCUGAUGUACAUCCUGAGCAGAGAUCGCUUGAACAUGGAUUUGGACAGAGCCAGUCUCGAUCUGAUGAUACGGCUUUUGGAAUUGGAACAAGAUGCUUCUUCUGCCAAGCUGCUGAAUGAAAAAGACAUGAACAAAAUUAAGGAAAAAAUUCGGAGACUGUGUGAAACUGUUCACAACAAACAUCUUGAUCUCGAAAACAUCACGACCGGGCAUUUGGCAAUGGAGACGUUACUGUCUCUCACCUCAAAGCGAGCUGGGGACUGGUUUAAAGAAGAACUGCGACUUCUGGGUGGUCUGGAUCAUAUUGUAGAUAAAGUUAAAGAAUGUGUGGAUCACCUAAGCAGUGAUGAAAAUGAAGAGAAGUUGGUUGCUUCAUUAUGGGGUGCAGAAAGGUGUUUACGGGUCUUAGAAAGCGUAACUGUGCAUAAUCCAGAAAAUCAGAGCUAUCUGAUAGCAUACAAAGACUCACAACUCAUAGUCUCCUCUGCUAAAGCCCUGCAGCAUUGUGAGGAGUUAAUCCAGCGAUAUAAUCGUGCUGAAGACAGUAUCUGUCUACCAGACAACAAGCCUUUGCCUCACCAGAAUGUAACUAACCAUGUGGGUAAAGCAGUGGAAGACUGUAUGAGGGCCAUCAUUGGGGUCUUGCUCAACCUGACAAAUGAUAAUGAAUGGGGUAGUACAAAAACAGGUGAACAAGAUGGUCUGAUAGGCACAGCAAUGAAUUGUGUGCUUCAGGUUCCAAAGUUCCUACCUCAAGAACAGAGAUUUGAUAUUCGGGUGCUGGGACUGGGUCUGUUGAUCAAUCUGGUGGAAUACAGUGCCCGGAACAGGCACUGUCUCGUCAACAUGGAGACAUCGUGUUCCUUUGACUCCCUGUGCACGGGUGAAGGAGACAAGAGCCUGAAGAUAACUGGACAGAUUGAUGCUGUUCAGGCUUUAGUGCAGCUAUUCCUGGAGUGUGAGCGAGCGGCACAACUGGCCGAGAGCCAGACAGACGAGUUGAUUAAAGAAGCUCCUACUGCUCAGCAUGAUAAGAGUGGGGAAUGGCAGGAGACAAGUGGGGAGAUCCAGUGGGUCUCCACAGAAAAGCCAGAUAGUACUGAAGAGAAGGUUAAGAAGGAAGAAGAUGAUGAAGAACUUGAUCUUAAUAAAGCUCUUCAGCAUGCUGGGAAGCACAUGGAAGACUGCAUUGUGGCCUCAUACACAGCAUUGCUUCUAGGCUGUCUCUGCCAGGAGAGUCCAAUCAAUGUGACUACUGUGAGGGAGUACUUGCCUGAAGGGGACUUCUCGAUAAUGACUGAAAUGCUCAAAAAAUUUCUCAGUUUUAUGAACCUUACUUGUGCUGUUGGAACAACAGGCCAGAAAUCUAUCUCUAGGGUGAUUGAAUACUUGGAACACUGCUAGAUACUUAACUUCCGCUGCAGGCACUCUAAUGCUGGAGCUACCCUUAGACAAAAGAAGAAGUCAUGAAAGAAGUCCUUGAAGGAUAUACCAAGAGCAUUCAUCUGUGUCAUUCGUGUUCGGAUUUUUAAGGCUACCUGGUCUCUUAACCAUGCAUUCAGCAUUUUCUAAAAGACAGUUACUACAUCAAUCUGCAACUAUCAAAAAUGAGGGGAAAAAGGUUCUGAGGAAAGUAAAUAAAGAAACCUUGCUGUUUAUGAUGCAGUGCAGUAUUUAAAUAUUUUUGGCAGGGUCUGCCCUCCCUAUCUUUUUUUCUUGCUUUGUUCGUGACAAGUUUCAAGGGGAAAAACUUGCUGCUGAUAGUGCAACUGCUGUUUACUGUUGAGCCACUGUUUCAUGCCAGCCAGGUGCAAAGGCAGCUUAGCUACUGAGGUAUCAAACAAAUGUUCUAAUAAAGAAGUUCUGGACAGCAGCACCGCUCCUAUUUGAGUUUAAUUUGCUCUUGCUUUUUUUUAUUACUAGAUAAUUCCAAAAUCAUAAAAUAUAAAUUUUUAAAUACUUUUGUGAUUUUAACUACUGUCUAUAUUUAAAAUUUGUUGGAAUCCAAAGAGGCGAGGAUUGGAUAGUUUAUUUUUUAUACUGUUUUGACUGAAAUUAGGUCGUUGAACUAUUUCUCAGUUCUACAGCUCCCACGGCCCAUGUACUGUAACGGGACAGACCAUAACACUUUGUAGUUCCAAGCAUGCAGCCCCAUCACCACACAAAGCCAUUCUGAGGGUAUGUUAUCCACUGAAGAAAUAGGGACUGUAAAAAAGUUGUGUGCCCUGUUUAAAAAAGCAACUGAAAUAAAGGAAAAAAAUAUUUAAAAAAAAAAAAAAGAUUGUUAAUCCCAGGGUAGUUUACACUUCUAAUAAGCAAAAACUUUGAAAUGCUGUUUUAGUUUGUUUCGAGGAAGAACUCAAGGUGUGUUUUAUAAUGUUCAGUACAGAGAAUUUGGAUGCUUUAGGGGGAAGAAUUUUUAAGAAGCUAAAACACCAAUGGGGAUUAAUGUUUCCAGCUGACAUAAUCUUUCUAUUUCAUUCUUCUGUAGUAUGACAGAGUUGAAAUGCAUACAACACAAAGCCUUAAAUUGCUGAUAUAGCUAAGAUUUUGUUCAGUCUGAGGUCUAGUUCACAGCAAAGCAUUGUGUUUGAAGACUGAAGUGGAACAAAGAAUCCCAGAAAAUACGUGAAUUUUUUUAGCAAUUUUUUUCUUGCACUCACUAUUCAGACCAACAGAAUUGGUAAUUAUUUUUAUUAAGGUGGUCUUGAAUAUUUGCAGACUGUUCUGAGAUCUGCUUCGCUGACAUUUUUAAAUGCCUGUAUAGGUAGUUACAUCGUGUUACUCCAUGAAUUUGUAAAACUUGAAGCCAUAAGAAUAUUAGUUCUAUGUAUAAUGAGGAGGAAAUAACAGGAAAUCUAACCUGCUUUUAGAUCUUGUGUUAUCUCCAUGUAUAAAGUUAAGAACUUGUGCUUUUGUAUCAGUGCCAGCUGUAAAUUUUUUACAUACAGUGGCUGCCUUCUAUGUCUUCCUAUUUUUGAUAAUGCAGAUUGUUGGGAAUUCUGUAAGGAAGUAACUGAUUAGCGGCAAAAAUCUUAUGUUGGUCAUAUUUUUUUGCAUUUUCUCUCAUCACCUUCUAAACUUAGUGUAUCAGUGUAACUUAGAAAAGUUUUUGAGGUUGUAUUCCCCUUCGUUAAAAAACAAAACAGAAAACCAGUAUUGAGAGAGAGGGAGAAGCUGGAUGUAAAUGAUCUAUAGCAGGAGGAAAUGACUGAAUAUUUGGCCCAUCUAGUUUUGUGAUUUUAGAGAUUUCCACUUGCAAUGGAAUUUCAAAUUGAUUAUAUAGUUUUCUGUGGAGAGAUGGCAAGAGAAAAGAAAAUCCAAAUGUGAUGAUGGGGGAAAGCAGGGACAACUACCUUUCUUCGUUACACUGGUAAUUGUUUGGGAAUUGAUUUACCUCAGUGUUUAACAGUUUUUUUUAAAUGUAACUAAUUGUCAAGCACUGACAAAUGCAGAUACUUUUUUUUUGAGGGUGGGGGGAGAAAUCACCCUGUGAACUGCAGUGCAUUUUUGUGUGUUAGACCCUCAAAUAACUCUGCAUUAAAGGGUACUUGAGGCCAACUUGCAAAUUAAAGUUUUAAAGUAACUUUUUUUCCACUGUAAAUAUUUGUGUAAAUACUCUCAAUUGGAAAUUAGAACAGUAGAGUACUUUUCUGAAUCCAAUCCUAUUUUUAUUUUAUACAGUAUUUCUCAGCUGUGAUCUUUGGAGCAAAAGCCAACGGCAGGAAAAAUAGUUUGUACCAGUUUCAUGAAGUAUGUCUUUGGGUUUUUGUAAAUAAUUUUAACUCAAAUAAAAUUGCUACUUUCAAUACAUAUCUUGUCUUUUAACAUGCAAUAAAACACUCCUCUGAGUGAUUGCAGCAAGAAGGCAGUGUCAGGUAAAUUGCUAAAAGACAAAAAAAAAAAAAAAAAGACAAAAAAUAAUAGUGGAGCAUCCUGAAGGUGGUGCUUUGCUUUUCUCUUGUGUGUUUGGACAACAAAAUUCAGUGCCUGGACCUGAGGCUGUGGUCAGUCAAACCAGCCAAGCCUGCACAUUUUCUGGAGGUGAUGUACUGUGUCUCUUGAUGCAUUUUGAAGUUCUCUACCUAAGUUGCCACUGAUCUUUCAGUAACAACUCUCAGGAGCUAUAGUCAGAAUAACAAAAAUGUGGUAGAGCGUAGGGGAAAUGGGGCAGUUCUUACUCUGGUGAUACUUUUCACAUCAAGGGGCAUGUUAAUGGCUUCUUUAUUCAGUGAAAAAUGAGGAAAUUACCACGAGCGUUGCUCUGUUUCUCGAUUAAUAUGAAUGAUGCUUUAAUUUCCGGAUGGAUUUUUUUUCCCAUGGAUUUUUCCUUAAUUGGUACAACUUGAUACGGGUACAAUAUGCAAUAAUUCAUGAGCUGUAAAGUGAGUUGAAUGUGAUGUGUCAUCUCGUUGCCACUUCAACAAGCUUCAGCAUAAUGUAACUAUUUCUGUGCUGUAAAGGAAACGUUACUGGAGUUUGAAAUACUGAGUGUGGUAUGUUAUUGGUAUGUGGUACUGUAAGAGGCAAAUGCAGCUUUGUGUAAGCAAAUGUUUAAAAAAAAAACUGGUAAAAGUA